AUGGUCCGGCGCCGCAGAUUGUCUGGGUGCCUUGGUUCGGCGCUGCUUCUGAUGGCGCCUACGACAACCUUCUUUGCGCCCAGUGCGGCGCCAGUAGAACCGCCGGAAGUGCUUCCGAAGUCUCACUUGGCAGGAGCCCUGCAGAGGGCCAUGGGACGAAACGAGGUGUACAGAUCUGAGACGCUCUUCUUCCAUCGUACCGAUGAGACGCAAGACAGGCACUUUGCCCUGCUGCGAAUACCUGCGCUGCCGACCAAGAAGGCGGACGGGACGAACUUCAUCCCAACCGAGCCAUUCGAGUACUUCGAAGGCGUUGGCCGGUCACGCAAGGAGGCGGAAGAUCAGGCAGCCCGACAAGCUCUCAGCGUGAUCCGAAAGGCAGACUCUGAGAUUACACGCUGGCUGUCUUGGUCAGCUUCCACCUCGAAGCAGGCGCUAGAGCUGGCUUCAGCUCAGAUUGCAGCACCUCGUGCUACUGAUGGUUCUUCUCGGCAGUGGAUGCAUCGGGCACUCCGGAGGUUUCUCAGACGGCGGGCGCUCCGGAAGUCAGAGACACCUUUCUACAUGCGCAAGGAUGAGUAUUCCGGAGCCUACCACGUCGUGCUAGCGGUGCCCUGGAAGGUGGGGGCCAUGCUCAUGGUCUGGGCUUGCAGAGUUCCAAAUGCCAUUCUCUUCGGCAUGGUUCCCUGCCAGGAGACGCCCAGCGACCCGCAGAGGAACGCGGGUAGCCCAGCUGAGAUUAUCCCAGAGGAGCGGAACCAGAAGGUGUACAUACGCGGCUAG